UGCAUGCACACGCAAAUAAGCACGUAUUCACGUACACGCACACACUUAUAUGUUCACGCGCACUCACAUACACAUAUUUAUCAGUUCACACACACGCGCGUACACAGACACAUAUAUAUAAUACUUAUUAAUGAUAGUAUGAAGCACAGAUUUAUGUGUAAUUUUAUAGAAAUAUAUGCAUGAAUACUUGUAUCAAUUACAACAUUAUAUUAAAUAUUAAUUACAACAUUACAUUAAAUAUUACAACAAAAUGUACAUUAAAAACAUAUCGGUAUAAUAAUUGCGAAAGAAAAAGUAAGUAGAAAGUGUAAAGUAUAAAGACGGGUUAGAGAGGAAAGAUUGGGGGAAAGAGAUCGAAAUUGUGUAUGUUUGUGUGCGCGAGUGUGAAAAGGGGGGAGAGUCUCAGAUUGAUACUGCGAAAGGGCUUCGCGUAACAAUACCUAUUUCUAUAUCGACUGCUAAGAUGACGGGCCCUGCUAGUAAACGAACAUCAUCAAACAGCGACGAAGUGCCUUUUAAAAGAUUUAAAUCUGAUAUUUUUUGCACGUUUAAGGAAGCAGAAAAACUUCUUUCUGGUCAAUGCUGUUUAUGAAUUCAAGAAUGUAAAUUUUUCAUUGUGUAACUCGGAGUUUAAUAAAUUUAAAGAAAAUACGUAUGAAAUCAGUUUAAAAACUGAUUCAAUAAUCAAUGAAAUCGAGAAUGUGGCGGCUAUACCUAAAAACAUAUUCAACUUUUAUCAUUCAUGGAGAUAGAUUCUAUAAAUUCUGGAGAUUUUAUAGAUAUUGUGGGUAUUAUUCGAAAUAUUGGCGAAGUAGAAAACAUCAAAGAUGAUACUUUUGUUAAACGUGAAGUUACAUUGAAAGAUGAUCUGAAAAAUGAGUUAACUAUCGUUCUCUGGAAUAAAAACGCAAAAUCAUUCAAUGGAAAUGUAAAUGAUGUAAUGUCAAUAAAAGCCGGUAAAGUGGUUGAGUACAAGGGCAUUAAAAAAGUUUCAGUUCUUUCAAUUACUAUACUGAAAUUCAAUGAUAAGUCAAUUCCAGAAGUUAAAAGGUUGCUGAAAGAAAUGAUUGCCGCAAAGGAAGAAGAUUAGUCACUUAUUUCGAUUUUGUUACUUAUUUUGUUGUUGAAUAUUAUGAUUUACUUACACUGCUUUGUAUUGUACUGUUCCUUGUAUUAGUGUAGUAGUAUGGUAAGAGCAGUAUAUUGUAUUCGAAACGGAUUUUUCUUUAUAAUUGUUAUUAAUUUAUUUUGUAUUCCUUGUACUAAGUUUAAAUGAUUCUAUAUUUAAUUUUUGCAAAAAUAAAAAUUAAAUAUCUUGUUUUCUUAACUAUA